AUGGCCUCGCCUAACCCCGCCAACUCCCGUCCAACCCGGCCCGUGUUGCGACAGACACUUUCCAGCAGCUCCUUCAUUCAGGAUCACCAGCAAUACAAGCCCUCGGUUCCCAUCCAGACUAUCGGCAAUGUGAUUGGAAAUGCUGGGAACGCUGGAAAUGUUGGGAAUGUCCCUGAGUCCUCCUUCGCGUCCUUGUCCCUCAAGGCGAAUCCUAUCAGUCCCGACCCUGAGAAGGUGACUGAGAGCGGCAUCAUCCACAGCAUGUUUCACUCCCACGCCAACCCCCUGCAGACUGGUACUCAGCAACUGGUCGCGACUAUCUUCUACAAAUCUGCGGAUCCCAUUCAUCCUCACCUGCACCCCGACUCCUCCCCGCAUGCUAAGCCGGGAGAUACGCUGCCCUCGCCCACCGUCCCCGUCGGUUCUGCCCCCACCAUCGACAUCGAGAAACUCCCUCGGGAGCCCCCUGCGCCGGAGCCCGAGCCUCUCGACCAUUUGUACGGCCCAUUUGUGUCGCAACUAUGCCUGACCAACUUCCUUCAGAUCAUCGAGUCUCUUCCGACACCCUACCAGCGCACGAACACCUCACACCGUUGCCUGGAGGCUAAUGAGCAUCCUCGGGUGGUGGAAGUCACUUUCUCCCCGCCCCCCAACCCGGAAUACCUGACCUUCGCAGACCUUCGCAAACAUGAAAGCAUCUGGCGUUUCGAGCGGGAAUGGAAUGUCGAGGUCGUACUUCAACGGGAGAGUGUUUUCCGUCGUCACAAGCGCCUCUUUGUCUUCGAUAUGGACAGCACACUAAUCCAGAACGAAGUCAUCGAUGAGAUUGCCAAGUUCAUCGGUGUCGAGAAGGAAGUUUCGGAAAUUACGGCCCGUGCUAUGAACGGUGAACUCGACUUCUCUGCAUCCUUGAAGGAGCGGGUCUCCCUACUGAAGGGUGUCCCCGCAGACGUCUUCGAGAAGCUGAAGUCGAUCAUCACCAUCGCCCCUGGCGCACGCGAGCUGUGCAAGGCCUUGAAGACUCUUGGCUGCAAGAUGGCAGUUUUGAGCGGAGGUUUCCAGCCUUUGGCGGAGUGGCUUGCUGGCGAGCUUGGCCUCGACUAUGCUUUUGCUAAUCAUCUUGAAAUCGACCCCACCACACAAACCUUGACGGGCAAGCUGGUGCCAUCAUACCCGAUCAUCGACGCGGCCCAGAAACGCACGCUGUUGCACUCGAUCGCGGAGCAGAACGGAAUCCCGAUCUCUCAGGUCGUUGCUGUGGGCGACGGUGCCAAUGACCUCCUCAUGCUCCACGCGGCUGGGCUUGGAGUUGCCUGGCGCGCCAAGAGCAAGGUCCAGCUUGAGGCCCCUACUCGUCUCAACGGAGAGAGCCUCGUAGACAUCCUGUACCUGCUUGGACUCAAUCGGGAUGAUGUCAAAGAACUGCUCGUAUAA